GCUUCUUGCAACGGCACAACUAAGUUUUCUCUGCAAGACAAGCCAUGGCAAAGCGUGUGCUCAUCACGGGUGCGAACCGAGGAAUUGGCCUCGAGCUGGCGAAACACUACAAGGCUCUGGGCUGGAACGUCGUGGCCGGCGUGCGCAACCCGUCUUCGGCGACCGAGCUUCGAAGCCUCGGACCGGAAGGCAUUGUGGCCCUUGACGUCACCGACGAAGCGUCGGUAGCAGCCGCCGCCACAGCGAUCGGCGCCGACGCCCCAAUCGACAUGCUCAUCAACAAUGCCGGCAUCAUCGUCAAGAGCUCGCUCACGAAGACGACGAAGGCCGACUUUUUGCGCCAGUUGGAAGUCAACACCGUGGGCCCGUUCCUAGUCACCAAGGCGUUCAUGCCCAACCUCAAGCUUGCGGCCAAGCAAAACGAUUUCGCGGUCGCCGCUUUCCUUUCGGCCAAGAUUGCCAGUAUUCAGCUCAACACGCAAGGUGGAUACCACGCGUACCGCGCGUCCAAGACGGCCCUCAACGGCAUCGCCAAGACGCUCGCUGUCGACAUGGAGCCGCGUGGCAUCUCGACUGUGCUCCUGCACCCCGGCUACGUCAAGACGGACUUUACGGGCCACAAAGGCGACCUGUCGGCCGAGGAAAGCGCGCGCGCGCUCGCAGCGAUCCUCGGCAAGGUGCGCAAGGGCGACAAAGCCUCCUUUUACGACAUUGACGGCAGCAAUUUGCCGUGGUGAACCGAUUGCUCCUCUCGAUGUGCUGCGGAUAACAUGAAAAAGACAGAGCCUUGCGAUAGUAUGGAAGGAC